UAUAUUUUAGACUAUUAUAAUCAAAUAAUUGUGUACGACACUUCUAAUCAAUGAUGUUUUCUACAAGUCUUAAAGAACGUGAUAGUGAUGAAUUCUCACUAUAUUUUGAGACCAAAAUAACGAAUGAAUUUUUGCUAGAAAUUGUAGAGGCAGUCAAAGAGCUGUAUAGCAUAACAAUAGAACAUAACGUUAUAGACAGCAUAUUAUCACGUUGGAAAGACAAUGAUCACGAAUCUACUGCAACUUUUAUAGUGUAUAAUCGAAAUAUAGCCGGCUUUGCAUAUGACAUAGUGGAUUAUCCUAACAUUGUGUCUGAUGUUGAUGCGGAUAAUGGUUCUAGAAUCAUAUCUGAUGAUAAUGAAAUAAAUGAUAAUUGUUUUCGAACAAAAUGCACUUAUUUUGCAGUGACUAUAGAGCUAUUCUAUUAUGGAUGGAGCGACUUUCCAAAUAUUUACUAUAUACUGGCUGAUUUUUACUCCUGGGCUACGGUCAUUGUAGCUCAUCACACACAACCUCGAUGUCAUACAAAAACUAUUCAACGAUUUUCCUCGUAUUUUUCACCGUUAUUAGCGUACUAUUUUAAUGAUUUGUUUGACCAUUCAGUUGCAUACGUUCAUUUAAGAUUUGAUUUUAGGAAUGGUAAAUCACUUGAUGACAAAACUUACGUAAUCAGCGAAGCACUUUGGAACAAUGCUAACUCAUUUUACAAAUAAAUUGAUGUAUAACUGUAUUUACAAGAAAGCAAAAACAAAUAUUUGAAUUUUUGUUUGUGGUUUGUGUGUGGUUUCAAUAGUUUAAAUCAUUUGUGAUGAAAAAUACCAUAACUUGUCUUCAGAGUAACAAACCAAAAAAAAACUGCUAUAUACUAAUCUAUGCAGGAAAGUUAUUUUUAAAAAAUAUAGUUCAGAAAAAAAUCGAAGCAACGAUUGGCUCUGCAGGCCAGCCCCAAAACUUCUUGAUGUGUCCGAGCUCGUCAAGCUCUAAAAUACUUUUGAAUGUAAUUGUUUUUCAUGAGCUUUUCAAGCUCAAACGAGUUGCGCUUUAUGUUGAAGUUUAAAAAUUUGAAAAUCGGUAAUAAAUAUUGAACGAUUAUUUGUUAAAAUAUUAUUCACGAUUAUAUUCAAAAACAUAAAUGUAUUCAGGCAAGAAUCAAUUGUAACGGGCGAAAUUUAUAUCUUUCAAAUUUAAAUUCAAAUUCGACUCGCACCGAAACGAGAGCGACCUCCUUCUACAACAACGGCCGAUAAACAAACAAUCUACUCGUCGCUGGGGUCACUGCUGUCGAGUUUUAGAGCAGUUUUGUUUUGUAGACGUUGGCCAACCUGCGAGUGAGGGGUACGAGGCUCGGCAACUUUCGAGAGAUGUUCUCUUGGUUUUGGCAUUCAUCAGAGACGGACGCAUUUCCCGCACUCAUACAUAUCUAUACGACUAUAUAAUCCACAUUCAACAUCCAGUGUAAAUUUAUUCACACACACGCCAUUUGCCAAGAGCUUAUAAGCCCACUGGUGAGUGAAAGCUUAUUCUGUUUAUUAUAAAUUACUGUGGAUUAUUGGAGGAUUGGGUCUUGGGAGUGGACUUGGGACCUGGUACCUGAGGAUUGGGUUCUAAGAGGCUAGAGGACCAGAGAAAUCUAUUGGUGUCUUGUUGGAGAGAUCGGCGGAAGUCACGGGACAGUUGUUGGAGCAAAAGUGUUGAAGUGAGUGGAGUUUUCUCGAGUAUAAAAUUGUUAAUAGAGUCAUUAUAAUAUUGUUAAAAUAGAGUCAUUGAGAAAUAUUGUUAAAAUAGAGUCACUUAUAAUCUUAUACUAGUAGAGUCAGUAUAAAAUCUUUUCAAAGUCAUUUGUCGAGUCAAAUUCAUCAUCCAUUCUAAUUUUAUUGUUCACCUGUCAUAUUAAAAUUUUGUAAGACGACCCGUCUUGAAUAAAUGCCAGACUCAUUCAUUUUCUAUAUAUUACAUAUUAAUUAUUUCUGAACAUUUCUCUUUACAAGUGUAAGCUUCAGCGAAUUCUCUCUCUCGUAAAUUUCAUUUUUCACUGCGUGGUCCACUCGGGGUUUACCCUCACCUGGAGAUACUGAGACAGUCAGACAGGCUCGCAGAACGCCUCAAGUUUUGCAUAUGUGUUGGACACUUAUUAUAUUGGGACCACAACCUAAACCAAUAUAAUGAGCACACCCAUUACACAAUGUAAGAGAUCGAAAUAAAGAUUUAAUUUAGUUUUGACCAAAAUCAAAUCGUUAAUAGAUAAGAUUUCCAAGAAUACUAUAACUAAAACGAAUCGAAUCAUAUUAUGAAGUGAUCAAGGGAGACCAUGAAAAUAAAGAGUUGAUAUGAUUUCAAAUACAUUUUAGUACGUCACAUUAUGAUUCAUUCAGGAAAGAUGACAUUUAUUAUUAAUUAAACUUGUCCUCGACGAUGGUUUUGAACUGAUAAACCGAUUUUGAUUUUCGAUGUGGCAAGUGGCGUACUCUCUUACGUUCUAGGGCUAAUUGAAUUUUGGAAAUGGUUGAUUU